UACAUUCCCUUUGAUCUGCUCCAGGCGCUGCUCGACGGUGGCCGAUUUCUUCGGUCUGAUGAGCAUGUAGAUGGUCUUGAUGUCGGGACAGGAGCGCAGCAGCUUCUCGACGAGCACCUUGCCCACGAAGCCGGAGCCGCCGGUCACGAAGACGCUCUUGCCCUUGUAGAAGUCGGGGAUGGCGGUGGGCGAUUUCGGUUUGAACAUGGCUGGGUUCGGUGGAUUGUAAUUCGCGGAGGGUUAUGUAAUUCGAUUUAAAUAGGCUGUGACUGGGCGAAAAUUUGGUUAUGUACAGGAUGGCUCGAUGGAAGCGCUCGGUGCUGAUGAUGCGAGGGUUUGGCGUCGAAACGUUUGGUGGUGUGGGAUUCGUGUCGGGGAAGGCCGGGAAAGGGAUUUUGAGUUGGGGUUGGUAUGGCGAAUGUGAAUUGGUAUUGUUUUGAUUUUUUUUGUUGUUUCUUUUUUCCUUAAUGCCGCCUUGUAAGUGGUUUCGAAUGCAAAUGGAGUAAGUGCUGGAAAUUUGCGUGUAAAUUUAUUACUAUUCCAUUGUAUUAGUUAUUGUCUAUUAUUUCGUGCAUUAAUUGAAUUUUUAUGUGUUUGUCUAUGGUGAUGAAUCAAUAAAAAUAACGGUCAAUUAGCGAAUGAUUAAUUUCGGAAAUAUUUUAGAGAUAUCUGGUAAUGAAUAAUCGGUAAUUAGGAUAAAUCGAUGAAGAAAUAAAAAUGGACGGUUUCGUUAAAAGCAUCGAAAGAAUAUUAAUUAUAGUUAUUUCUGGAGACAUUGAACUUUAUUAUAUUCAAUAAUAUCAUGAAUAAUGCAUCUUAUUACCGUAAAAAGUUCAAAAUAAAACCUUGUGUGUUACGUAUUUCUUUAUUUUUAAGUAACAAUCAUAAUUAUUAAUUUUAUUUAUUAUAUUCCAAUUUAAUUGUAACAAUUAUUUUACCCACUUUUACAACCAAAAAUCCAAAAUCUUCCCUUUUAUAAUGAAUUGCUCUUAAUACUUCAUUGAUUAAUCAAUCACACUCUGAUCAACAGUUUGAUGAUGGAAAAGAAAUGAAAAUAACAAGAAAAUUAACGAUAUUAACUUGAAUGUUUCUUACCCAUUUUAUUACAUGUUAUUAUCUGCACAUGUGCCUCUCUGUUUGUGUAUAAGAAUGUGGGUACAUUUCAAAGAACAGUGGAAAAAUAAAUUAUGCAAAUGUUGUGUGUGAUAUAUUGUUCUUAAAAGGUUAAUAACUGAACCCUUACACUAUAAAUACAAAUUUUCAGAGGUCAUUACUUUAGUGGUGUUACAGGAAAUAAAGCGAGAUUGUUACGAGUUUUCAGUGUAAUCCACUAACACAGAACGCGCGAAAAUUCAUCGAUUCCAUAAAACGAUCAAUUCAGAAACGAUCAAUCCAGAAACGAUCAAUCCAGAAACGAUCAUGAAGGAAGAGGUCCAGUCUGGCGAAAAUGCCGCUACAAACGAAGAAAAAGACUACAAUCACAUCCAAGGGAAAAUCUUCGCGAAUCCCCCGCCAGGCGAGGAAAUCGUCAUAUCGGGUAUCGCCGGAACGUUCCCAAACUCCAACGACGUCUACCACUUCCAACACAACCUCUUCAACAAAAUCAACAUGGUCUUACCGAACAGAAGAUGGGACUACGAACAUCCAGAAAUCCCAGUUUGCUCCGGAUCUCUACCGGAAUGCGCCAAAUACGACGCCGGAUUCUUCGGUAGAUAAAAUCAGACACCCCCUCAAACAUCCUCAACCUCCAUACUCUCUCCAUUAAAGGUGUACAUUCGAAGCAAGCCGACGCCCAGGACACCAUGGGCAGGAUCCUCAUCGAGAAAGCCGUCGAGGCCAUCUUCGACGCCGGCCUCUCUCUCGCCGAUUUAGAAGGUACCAACACCGGCGUCUACGUCGGUACUUGCUUCAGCGAAAGCGAGAAAUCCAUCUUCCACGACAACGUCGGACCCGUACCCAAAUACGGAUUCACCGGGUAUAUACUAAAACAACUCCAAAAACACACCAAUAACUCGCUGAUAAAAUUAUCCAGAUGCACCAGAUCCUCGAUGGCGUUCCGGAUCAGCUACUUCCUGAAGCUCAAAGGCCCGUCGUUCAUAUCGGACACGGCCUGCAGCAGCUCCUUGUUCGCUCUGGAAGCCGCCUUCAGGGACCUGCGAUUGGGGUUGGUGGACAACGCGUUGGUUUGCGGAGCCAACGUCUGCUUCCAUCCCUUCGUUUCGCUGCAAUUCUCCAGGUAACUCGCUUCUUAAUGUACCAAACUCGUCGCCGAACGAUUUUUUCGUCAUCAGAUUGGGCGUGCUGAGCCUGGACGGGCAAUGCAAGGUCUUCGACAAGCUGGGCAACGGCUACGCUCGGUCCGAGGCCAUCGGGGCGAUGCUGUUGCAGAGAUCGAAGACCGCCAAGAGGAAGUACUCGGACGUGGUGUAUGUAAAAACCAAUUGCGACGGGUUCAAGGAGGCGGGAAUCACUUAUCCUUCAGGAGAGGCUCAGUGUCAGUUGUUGACGGAGUUUUAUAGAGACGCCGGAGUGGAUCCGGCUAGUCUGAGCUUCCUGGAGGCGCACGGAACCGGCACGUUCGUGGGCGACCCGGAGGAAUGUUCCGGAGUGGACGAGGUCCUGGCUAAAUGCAGGAAAGUUGACGAUCCGCUGCUGGUGGGUUCGGUUAAGUCUAACAUAGGGCAUUCGGAACCGGCGUCUGGAAUGUGCUCCAUAGUGAAGGUACGGUAUUUUAUACAUCCCCAUCGCACUCCUGUUGUUGUUGUUGUUUUCAGUGUAUUAUAGGAUUGGAGACCGGUUUCAUACCGCCCAACAUCAAUUUCACGACGCCCAGGGAAUCCAUCCAGGGUAUAGUCGAAGGCAGGAUGAAGGUGGUGGCCGAGAAGAUGCCGUUCCAGGAUAAAAGAGGUUUGGUGGGGAUAAACAGCUUCGGUUUCGGUGGAGGUAAUUGCCACAUGUUGUUGAAAUCGAACAAAAAGGAGAAGCUCAACCGAGGCGUACCCGACGAUGAUAUACCUCGAGUUACCUGCGUCAGCGGACGUACCGAAGAAUCGAUUCUUGCGCUGUUGGACGAGCUGAAAUCGAACGGAAUCGAUGCAGAGUACAUCAGAUUGUUGCACGAUGUUUUUAGGUAAACUUACCAUCAUCAGAACGGGAAUAUUCCCAUCUUACAGCUAUUAAUUGAUCGCGGUAUUUGCAGGAAGAACAUACCGAAUCACGUGUACCGAGGCUAUUCUAUUCUGACGAAAUCAGGAGAGAUUUGCAGGUUCUUCGAGCAUUAUCCGGGCAGCAAAACGCCGUUGUACUUCGCCUUCGGGGAACUCAAUAAUUGGUACAAAGUGGGAAAGCAACUGAUGAUUAUACCGACUUUCUCCGCUACAAUAGAAAAAGCUCAAAGGCUCCUCCUGCCCAAAGGAGUCGACGUAGGCGACAGCGUAUUCGGCAGUACCGAAUCGAAAGCGAAACACCAAACUUUAGGUUGCAUUUUGGUCCAAUUGGGCCUGAUAGAUGUCUUCAAACAGCUACAAAUCAACCCGACGAACUAUUUCGGCCAUUCCUUCGGCGAAAUACUGGCCGGUUAUUUCGACGGUAUACUAACCUUCAAACAAACGGUACUUUGCGCUUUCGUCAUCGACGACGUCGUCGACAAAGUCGGGGAAUUACCGGAUAAAUAUCGCGGUAACAACAAGAACACGAUAUUCGCCAAUUUCCGGGCUGCUUUCAAAUCCCCAGAUUGCGCCAGAAUCAAGAAGAACCUUCUGUCGAACUUAUCCAACGUGCUGGACAUGCCGAAGAACCGGCGAAAGGGCGAAGAAGAGAAAUUCGGAUCGGCCGAAUACUUCCUCAACGCUCUAAAAUCCGAAAGCGCCGCCAAAUUCGAGUACGUCGAGAGCAAUUCGAUAGUACUCAGUUGCGGCGUGGUACCGUCCCCGGACGCCGUCCCCGACGACGUCCGGAUCAUCCAAAUCGGCGACACCGAAGACAAUUUGGUGUCGUUUUUGAGGAUAUUAGGAAACUUGUACGUGAACGGUUACAAUCCGUUGAUAUCGAAGCUCUAUCCGGACGUGAAGUUCCCGGUAAGCAGAGGCACCAGAAUGAUAUCGCCCUUCAUCAAAUGGAACCACCACCGCGACUGGUUCACCCCAUCGUACGACCUGCAGGCCACCAAUUCGGCCCAACACGGCGCCCGAAAGGUCAAAAUCCACUUCGGCGAUCAACAAUGGGCCUUCGCCCGAGGCCACGUCAUCGACGGCAGGGUGCUGUUCCCGGCCACCGGCUACUUGUACUUGGUGUGGGAGACGAUGGCGCUGAUCGAGGAGAUGCCGAUGACGGUGAAGAACGUGGUGUUCGAAGAUGUUAGAUUCGUGCGGGCGAGCACGUUGCCCAAGAGGGGCUAUUUGAUCUUCCGCAUCACCAUCAACCGGUUGUCGGGCGGCUUCGAGAUCACCGAAGGCGAUUCGAUCGUCGUCAGCGGCAAGAUCCAUUCCAAGGACAACGAGCACUUCGAACGAUCGGAGAAUUUCUACGAGAUAUCCGACGAGCUGACGCUCUCCUCCAAGGACGUCUACAAGGAGCUGAGGCUCAGAGGGUACAAUUACUCCGGCGGGUUCAGAAGCAUCGAGCAAUGUAACGUAACAGCUACGAGAAGCCUGAUCAAAUGGGAGGACAAUUGGACGACUUUCAUGGACAAUUUGCUCCAAUUGAGGAUCCUACAAACCGAUACGAGAUUGUUGUACGUACCGACAUACAUACAACAACUCGUCCUACCGGCGAAACAACAAUUAGAAUUCAUAAACACCAAUUAUUUGAAGCUCAACAGGAAACCAGUUUUACCAGCAUAUUGCGAUGAUUUAACCGGUGAAAUUAGAUGCGGUUACCUGAAAAUAAAAGGCCUCAUGGCGAGCUCGAUAAACAAGCGCAAAGAUCUGGGCGUGCCGGUCCUGGAAAGCUACCAAUUCGUACCGAACGUCGCUGAAUUGACACUGGGCGAGUCCAUGCGGGUGAACAUGCAGAUUUUCUGCGAGAACAGCUUGGUGAAGAAGCUGAAAAUCGUGGAAUUAGUCGACGAAUUCACCGUGGACGGGCAGCAAUUGGUUAUACCGCUGGUGCAAUCGGCGUUCGAGGACCAGCCCUUGAUGACGCCCUUGUGUAAAGUAUUGUCGAAGAAAGCCGUGGAAACGACGGUUCAAAUCGAAGAUAAGGAGCUGAAGAGCGAAAGGGAUUGUCACAUUAUCGUCGGGACUUGUUUGCUUAGCAGACCUGCGGUGGUUAAAACGGCGUUCGAUUCGUUAAAAGACAACGGUUUCAUCAUAUCCAGAGAAAACCUAGAAGCGGACGUAUCGAACACAAACAUCCAAAAUUUCACAAUUUUCACCGUUCACACAACACCUUCGGAAAUUAUAGUGUUUCUGAAGAAAACCGCCGGCACCAAGGAACUCACAACAAUCAAAGUCUCCUCCAGCGACUUCGCCUGGCUGGAAACCGCCAAAGACCUAAUAAAACUGAAAAAAACCGACAACCUCCUCCUCUACGCCGAAAACGACCCGUUGACCGGCUGCCUCGGCCUCGUCAACUGCCUGCGCAGGGAGCCCGACAGCCCCUUCGUCCGCGCCCUCAUCCUCCUCGAUCCAACCGAAGAAUUCUCCCCACACAACCCGUUCUACAAACACCAGCUCGACAAACACAUGGCAGUCAACGUGUGGAAAAACGCCCAGUGGGGCACCUACCGGCACCUGCCUCUCCCCAAACCGCCCCCAGUCCGCAGCCAACACUGCUACGCCAACACCACCGUUCGAGGGGACAUCUCCAGCCUACGGUGGAUCGAGAGCUACCUCAGACAAGACAUGUCUGUUCCGGUCGAGAAGGAGCUCGUUCGCGUCCAUUACGCCGCCCUCAACUUCCGCGACGUCAUGACCGCCUCCGGGAAGAUCAACAACGACGUCAUCACGCGCGACAGGAUCGAGCAGGAGUGCGUGCAGGGGUUCGAGUUCUCCGGAUUGGAUCGAAAUGGUAGAAGAGUGAUGGGUAUGGUAACACAAGGUGCUCUAUCAUCUUUGAUACUAGCCGAUAAGUACCUGGUGUUCGAUGUACCGGACGCCAUGUCGUUGGAAGAAGCUGCUACUAUACCGGUCGUUUACGGUACAGUCAUCUACGGAAUGAUUAUACGUGGUAGAUUGCGAAGGAACGAAAGCGUGUUGAUCCAUUCCGGUACAGGCGGUAUAGGACAAGCGGCCAUCAGGCUAGCCUUGCACUACGGUUGCACCGUAUUCACCACGGUGGGUACUCAAGAGAAGAGGGAGUACCUGUUGAGAACCUUUCCGGAGAUCGACGAGCGCCACAUCGGCAACUCCAGGGAUCUGUCGUUCGAGCGCAUGGUGAUCGCCGGCACGGCCGGGCGCGGCGUCGACAUGGUGAUCAAUUCGCUGGCCGAGCGGAAGCAAAUCGCUUCGGUGCGCUGUCUGGGCGCCGGCGGGCGCUUCGUCGAAAUCGGCAAGUUCGAUUUGGCUAGCAACAGCGAUUUGAGCCUGUUGUUGCUCGACAAAGGGGCCAGUUUCCACGGGGUGAUGCUCGACUCGCUGAUGGCCUGCACGCCGGAGGUGAAGCGCGAGAUCACCGGGAUUUUGAACGAUAACAUCGGGAAGUUCGUGGUGCCUUUGACUAGUACCGUCUUCGGUUACGAGCAAGUCGAGGACGCUUUUAGGUUCAUGUCGACGGGUAAGCACAUGGGGAAGGUGUUGAUUCGGGUGAGAGACGGGAUGGAUCAAAGCGUGCAGAAGUUCGAUGGUAUUCCUAGAUAUUAUUGUUAUCCUGAUAAGACGUACGUAAUCGUUGGUGGUUUAGGAGGUUUCGGUUUGGAAUUGGCUGAUUGGUUGGUGCUCAGAGGAGCUAAAAAUCUCGUUCUAACGUCUAGAAGAGGAAUUACAACGGGUUACCAGAAACUCAGGACAAAUACUUGGAUAUCGUACGGAGUGAACGUUCGCGUAUCCAAAGAGGACGUAACCAGCGAAAGUGGCUGCGCGAAUAUGCUGAAAGAGGCCGGUAAAUUAGGCGAGGUGCACGCCAUAUUCAAUUUAGCAGUGGUUUUGGCCGAUUCCUUAUUCGAAAACCAAACCGAUGCUACGUUUAAAACCUCCUUCGGCCCCAAAGCCAUCGCCACGAUGCACUUGGACAACAUCUCCAGGAAGCUCUGUCCCCGAUUGAGGGACUUCGUGGUGUUUUCUUCAGUGAGCUGCGGAAGGGGCAACGCCGGCCAAACGAACUACGGCAUGUCCAACUCAGUCAUGGAGAGAAUAUGCGAGAAGAGAAAACUAGAAGGUUAUCCCGCACUAGCCAUCCAAUGGGGCGCCGUAGGAGAUGUGGGUCUCGUCGCGGAGCUGCAAGAGGAACACGUAGCCCUCGAAAUCGGCGGUACGCUCCAGCAGAAAAUCUCCAAUUGCCUGAACGUUUUGAACGCUUUCCUGCGACAAACCGAAGCGACUGUAGUGUCGAGCAUCGUGGUGGCCGAGAAACGAGGCCUGGAAUCCUGCGACAACAUCGUCGACACCGUCAUCAACAUCUUAGGUUUGAACACUUCGAAGGCCGUGAGUCACCACGCCACUCUGCCCGAGCUAGGCAUGGACUCCAUGACGGGCGUGGAGAUCAAGCAGACGCUCGAAAGGGAAUACGAAAUAUUCCUCACGCCUAAAGAUAUCAAAAGCAUGACGUUAGCUAAGUUGAAAGAAAUCCAAGAGCAGAAGUGCAUCUCGAGCGACGACAGCGAAUCGAACGAUAUAAAAUUGGUGCUGGAAGACGUGGGUGAUGGUGAAGAGACGAGGUUGGUGGAGGUGCGAUUGAAUCCCGAUUUGGACGCCGGCGUUGCGACGAAAGUACUGCUGUUUCCGGGUAUCGAAGGAUUCGCUAGGAAGUUCAAAAUUCUCGCCGCGAAUCUCGUCGCUCCUGCUGUGGCGUUCCAGUUUUGGGAGACCACUGAAUUCGCUACGAUCCAGGACAUCGCCCGGUCGCUUUUGCCGGCGGUGGAGAAACACGUGGAGAAGGGCGAGAAGUUCAACUUCGUUUUGUAUUCGUUCGGUAGCUUGAUAGGGUUGGAAAUCGUGCAUUUGUUGGAGCUCAAAGGGUACGUGGGUAACGUGGUGAUUAUAGAUGGAGGUACCGUGUUGAUGAAGCAGCUGGCUCAAAGUUGGCUGCAGGAGUCAGAGAGGAUGUUCGAGACCGGGUUGUUAUCCCAUUUGCUGUCGUUUUACUUACCCACCGAGGUUAUAUCCGAAAACCAGGAGAAAUUGCUGAAGUGCGACACGUGGAAGGAGCGACUGGAAGUGGCCAAAGACAUCAUCAGACCGAUAACGCCCGAUAAACUCGAGCUACAUACGAAGCUAGCGAACGGUUUCUACAACAGAAUCAAAGCGAUAGACGCCUACAGCCCGUCCUACGACAAACUGAAAUCCAAAUUGAGGCUGUGGAAACCCGCCGUGGGAUUGACGAAGGACAUCGAAGAGGAUUAUGGACUGUCGAGGAUCAGCGAAUCGCCGAUCGACAUCGAAACCUUCGAUGGAAAUCACUUGAGCAUACUGCACAAUCGACUCGUCGCCGAAUCGAUUAAUUCCAUCAUAACAUCGAUUAACUAGUAGAUGUGAAUCAUGACGCGUAAAUUACACAUAAUUAACAAUAUUUAUUUCCGUAUUGAUAUCACUCUAAGCUUAAUAAUCUAGAUAAAAUUUAAAAUAUAUAUAUUUCACAUCUGAUAUUACGUUUUCAAAACCAACGGAACAGCCUAUAUACGCGCUAUUGAGUACGUUUAUCAUUGCAGAAACACUUGGUACAAUCGAAACAAUAUUGCUAUCUCUUGGAACCGUUGCAUUGGUGCUGCAACCGCCUGAUCUCGUCCAGCAUGUUCCGCUUCUCGUCGAGCAACCGGUUCACCUCGUCCUGCGACUUCUUCAAAUAGUUCCUCAACAGGUCCUGCUCCUUGUCGUUCUCCUCCUUCGAUUUGCGCAGCAGCCGGUUCUCCUCCGAUAUCCUCUCGAACGCCAUCAGUCUUCGUAUAUCUUCGUUGUUCUUCUCGUGUACCGGCGGAGAAGGAUUUUCGCGUUGUUCCAAUUCAUUAGAGGAAGACUCGCUGUUGUUCGGGAACAAAUUGAACACGCCGUCUUCGCUUCGAGCGAUGUACAAAUGUUUAAUGCUCAAAUCGAUCGGUACGGGACCCGGUGAAGUGAUAUUAACCGGCGGUCUGUCUUCGUUCAAAUGGAUCUUCACCUCUUCGAGGCUCAACUACAAAACAAACUGUUAAUAUUCAUGCGAAUUAACACUACAUCUCACCUUGAUAGGGAGUGGUACUGGUAUAACUUCGUCUUCUACUAGAUCGGCCAAGCCGAUCGCUGUACUCAUGUUCAAAUUCAACGAUAAAUCCUUUACGGUUAUAUUCACUAGGUCCGUGAACAAUCGGGCGAAUACGUCCCUGUUUGUAAGAUCUUCGUCGAGCAAACGCGAUUUGUCCACAGCCAAGUCGUGUUCUAAUCGCAACUUCACUUUGGGCGAUGUAAAAUCGCUCGGCGGGCUGCUCGUCCACACUCGAGACCUCGUACCGAACUUAUUCUACAAACAAAAUGAAUACAAGUUACAAUUUAUACGACAAAAAAAAACUUACACCUCACCUGUAAUUCGUCCCACGAUAUACAAGAACAAUCCUCAGAGAGCAAAUUAUUAAGCUGCACCUUAAUGGAAGAUCGAAAUCCUAACGAUUGAUACACCACUUCGAUUUUGUUCAAUUUAAACGUAGACACCGACACCUAAAAACGACAUCGAGGAUUUUAAGUUGCGCACGAUGAUACAUACACAAAUAUGACAUUAGACCGAAUAACCACACUAGCCGAAGUCACGACAUCGAAAAAAAAAAUAUGACAUUAGUGACAGCACUUUAAUAGAGGUGCGAACCGAUUUAGUAGUAUAGAGAUGUCGGGAACGGAACGUUCCGAAAAAUAACCGUUCCUCACCAAAUCCUUCCGUCGGCCGGUGCUGGUGGCCGAUCGCUCGCUGGUGGUCGUCGUCGCCGUGUGGUCCUCCUCCACCACCUCGGCCGCCUCCUCGAUCCGCUCGUAGAACUCGGCGACGACGAAGAGUAUCUCGGCGCCGGCGAUGUCCAGGUCGCAAUUGAUGUGGACGAAUUUCUCCGAAUCGCUGGAGACGUCGCUGCGUAUCGACGCGGUGUCGCUGGCGUCGUCGGGGCUCGCCUUCAGCGCGCUGUCGAUCGACGACAUCAGGCUGGUGAUGCCCUUCCGCAUCGACGUCAGACCUACGGCGGAAUCGUAAAGGGUCCGAGGGCGUGUUAAGGUUGUAACGGCGGCGUUGUUACCCAUGUUGAGGUUGGUUUGCAGGUUUAGGUUGGCUUUUUGUUGGAGCAACGAGCUGUGCUCGUCGUUCGGGGCGUACUUCGGGCCGGUUUGUAGGGGAUCCAACGAUUGGCUUAUCGGUAGAUCUAAUUGGUUUGACGAUCCGUUGGCUAGUUUCCUUGGGGUUACCGAUGACGUGCUGUUCUGCCAUACCGAUGGCGUGGAACCUAUUAGAACGUCAUCUGCUAUACUCGAUGUAUCCGGUACUACGGAAUCGAUAUCGCCACCGGAGGAUUCUUUACCGGGCGAGCUAGAUGGCAUGACGAAGGUUACUUCUAAUUGCGGUACUAUCACCCCCAUUGCGAUCGAACUGUUACUUUCGACCUAAAAAAAAAACACCAUCGAACAAUAUUCUUGUAAACGCUCGAGUAGUGUAUCGAGUACCUGGAGUAUCCUUUCGGCAUCGAUAGACAAGUAAGUAGCCAACAGGGCGGCGUCUUCGGCCAAUCUCAACAGAAACAAAUAUUGAUAGUGGUUGAUUUGCACGCUCACCAAAUUGGUGAUGUAGACCAAAGCGUGUAUAUCAGCGUACGAAGGCGCCUCUUCCUCGUCGCUCUUAGGUUGUUUUAUGGUCGAAUUGGGAUCCAUGUGGGUGUGCAGCCACAACGUCACCGGUAGAGUAUCCAAAAACGGCACGCUUUUGGCCAUUCCGAUGGCCCUCGUCCCGUUGAAAUCCGCCCAAACGGGAUCCAAACUGAUGCACCACACGUCCUUCGCGUC